CCGUUUGCUGGCUACGCAGAAAGAAUGGCAUUGUCCGAGGGGAGGAUCGUCCGAAAGGAUGAGAAACUAUGUCGGUCGGUUGGCAUCGAUUUGGCAGAAGUAACGGGAGCCAGAGUGCCUGCCAGAGGAGGAGAUUCUACAUAUAGAGGUGUCAUAUUACCCAGCUUCGGCCGAGUGACCGCGAGAAACACCACGUGCUCCUCUCUUCUCUGUGCACGCAACGUAACACGAGGUGGGGCAUAGCUGAUCGAUCUUCGUCUCAGCGCAGAUUGACGUGGACCAGUUCGUGAGACAUGGAGCAAACUGGCAUCUCGAUAAUACAGACUGGUGCGAUCACCGCCAGUACAGCGGGAAAAUCGAAAAGCGUUGGCAUCCCGUUCAAUCCGAGCUCCAGCAUACAGACUGCCACGAAGAAGUUCAAAAUACCAUGUUUUAAGAAGCUGAUGCACGGCGAAGGCGCCAUGAAGAAAACCGUGUUGAUAAUUUUGGCCGAGACGAUUGGCACCUCUAUAUUGCUGUUCGUUGGCUGCAUGGGAUGCGUUGGAGGCCUGGGCUCUGAACCCACUCCACUUCAAAUUUCUUUGACCUUUGGCCUUGCUGUGAUGAUUGUGAUUCAAUCUAUUGGCCACAUCAGCGAUGCUCACAUUAACCCUGCCAUCACGGUGGGAUCGGUAGUGCUCGGGAAGAAGACUAUUCCCGAAGGAUUGGUGUACCUGUUGUCCCAGAUAGUCGGCGGAAUCCUGGGGUUCGGCAUGCUGAAGGUGGUGACUCCAACAGAUAACCUGACGAGCAAGACCCUCAGCGAGGCGGACAUGUUUUGCGUGACCGAUCUACACUCGGAGCUAUCUGCGAUCCAGGGCCUGUUGCUCGAAGGCAUUUCCACCGCUAUACUGAUGCUGGUCGCGUGCGCCGUCUGGGACAGUAGAAACGUGAAAAACACCGACUCGGUGCCAAUCAGAUUCGGCCUGACGGUCGCUGCUCUUGCGCUCGCGUUCGGACCUUACACAGGCUGCAGCAUGAACCCGGCCAGGUCAUUGGCACCAGCGCUCUGGAACAAUCAGUGGUCACAUCACUGGAUCUACUGGUUCGGCCCCAUUGGUGGCGCCCUUUUAUCGUCCUUCAUGUACAAAACUAUCUUCGGCGUGAAGAACAACACGCAGGAUGAGUGCGCCGCUGAAGCUGUCGCGCUCAACAGCGUCAACAUUCAGAAGACGGAGCCGUGAUACAAAACUGAAGAGGGCCAAUCGGAAACGUCGAGGGUACGGGUCGAUCGGCACUAUCUUCAAGAAACCACGAGAGAUUAAGCGUUCAAUGGAGGAUUCGAAUGGAUCGAACGGAUCUACCGGAUCGUACAUCGCGCCAUCUAGGAUCUUUUGUACCUCCGUUUUUCUCGAUCGUAUAGAAUUCGAACGAUCCAGGAAAUCGCAAGACUGCUCAUCAGAGAGAUCAUCCGUUGUCUGCGAAGUAUUGUUCACACGCGGCAACGUUAUCUUGUUAGGGAAACGAUAUACAGCGCAUAGGUUAUGUGCAUCCCGGGAACGACGGUAUUCCGCCAUUUUACGAUUCGAUGAUUCACCGUGCACAAUAUGGUGGCUGUUUGAUCGGAACCGAUGCCGGGAACAUGCAUCUCGUUGUUGUUGUCUUUUUUAUUUUUUUUCUUUCGAAUACUCCGGUAGUAUAUGUUCGCGCAGCAUAACUGUGUUGCUUGCUGCUUCAUAGGCGAUUUCAAUUCGCCAAUUGUCGUUGUAUAUAAUUGUUAUAUUUUUUAUAGGUGUAUUUACUCGUGACGAUGGAAAAAUAUAGUCGGAUAAAAGUGA